AAGAAGAGACUGGACAGCCAUUCGUCUGGAAUGGUACUAUAGGGUCUCCUGCUUGAGCAGGGGGAUGGACUAGAAGACCCCCAAGGUCCCUUCCAACGAUGCUGUUCUGUUAAAUUUUGAUCGAUUCACCAAAGUUGCAUGUUCUGCAGCUAAGACUGUUGAUUGGUGAAACUGCAAGUUAAUCCGAAAUUAAAAGCAAGUUUGGCGCCUACUGGAUUAAGAAAAGGGAGACUAGUCUUGGGCACAAAGCCAAAGCUGAGUGACCUUGGGUCAGUCCCUCUCUCUCAGCCCUAGAAAGCAACAGCAAAUCACUGCCCAGAAAACUUCAGGCACUUUAUUAUUCUUAAUGAGGGCUAGUUUGUUGUAAUGGCUAAGGCAUCGGGAUAAAAACUGGGAGGCAUUGAGUUCCAGUCCUGCCUUGGGCAGGCGAGCCAGUGACCUUGGGCCAGUCACUCUCUCUCAGCCCUAGGAAGCAGGCAAGGGCAGCCUCUUCCCAGAAACAUUGCCAAGGAACUUGUAUGGUCAGGCAGCAAGAGUCAACGUGGGCUGAAAAGCACUCCCAAAAAUAAAUAAUAAUACAAAAUACAAUAUAAAUAACCCACAAAGUUGGCAAAGCUGCAUGUUAGCGUGUCUGCACAUCACAGCGCAUUGGGGAAGGCCUUAAACCAUGUCAGCGAAAGGGGGACUUUAUGCAUGUGACGAUCCAGCCUCCUGGAAAGCCGUUUUGAAUAUUUACCAGGAUGUGAUUGCAGCGAUGGGAAGCAAGAGGAAGAACCUAAUUGCCCUGGAUCAGUGGUAUCAAGAAGAAUUGCCCAGAAUUCUUGCAGGGCGCAAGGAAAAAUACUUGACGAAAGAGGAAUUGUUGAAACUCAUGCAAUGGAAGCUUACCAGAGGAAAAUUCCGGCCUCGUUUGCAGCAGCUGGUGGCAGCUAAUCCGAGAGAGGAGGUGGAGGAACAUACCCAAAAAGCUUUCCAUCAACUCCCAGAUGUAGAAGCUGCCGUGAAGGAGUUGAACAAGCUGAAGGGCGUUGGACCCGCCACGGCUUCAGCCAUUCUCGCUGCCGGAGCACCUGAAAUUGCUGCGUUCAUGGCAGAUGAAGUGAUGGAGAUUCUUCCAGGCUUGGGUCCUCUCCAGUACACCCUGAAACACUAUCUGCUUUAUAUGGACAAGAUUCAGAGCUGUGCUGAGAAACUGAAUAAAGGUGACACCACAGAAACCUGGACGGCUCACCUGGUGGAAAAAUGCCUCUGGACCUGGGCUUUGGCCGAAAAGUUGUGUUUGCCCUCUUUACCGACUGUGAGCCAAGGGGAAGACCAGGGAGAGGGUGGUGAGCAAGGAGGCAGAGGCCGCAAGAAGCAGAGAACCAAAUGAACGCUUCCCAGCUCCUGCGAUUGUGGGAUCAACACCUGCUCCUCGGCACGUGAACGGCAGAGCUCAGCAACACACCCAAGGGACGCUUGCUCGCUCUGGGACCAACCACACCAGUCCGUAGCAACCAUCCACAGCACAGCUUUCUCACAAACAGAACGCAGCUUGUGUGAUA